AACCACGUCGCGUAGACCCCCAGAAUACACGAAUACGCUCUCUCCUCAACAUCUGCUGGAACGCGCAUGCAUGCUACUAUCCUAGCGACCGUCUCUCUGGCCGAUGCCCCGCCGACGUCGCCCUCCACGCCCCGGCGCGCUCGCUGAUCUUUCCCCUACCCGAAUCCUCUCCCAAAUCAUUGUCUUGCAGCUCGCAUACUAUGCCUGCGCGGCCGUCCUCAUCCUAUUCACAGCCCUAGUCGCCGGGAAAGAAAUAAGCACAGAUCUCCUCUUUAGCUGGCGGAGCCUUCGGGGCGACACGACAGUUGGAUGGACACUGGGGCUUGUCUGGGUGUUGAAUAGCCUCACGUGUGCUAUUUUCAUAUUGCUGCUCAUAGCUCGCUCGAAACUUGUCCUCGAUUUUGCGCUCACGAUACACUUUAUCCACCUCAUCGUCACCUCCUUAUACUCGCACGCGAUCCCGACCAACUUGUUUUGGUGGGCGUUGCAGAUAUGCAGCGCGGCGUUAAUGACAUCUCUCGGUGUUUGGGCUUGUCAGUGGCGGGAGCUUCGGCCGAUUAACUUCGGCUCGAAGCCUGGCGUGAGACAGGGCAAUGGAUCCGCUCCAGACGAUGGGGUUGGCGAGACAAGGGGAAGAGGCAGGGGGAGAGGAAGAGACGGCGCAGGGGAAUACGAGAUGGUCAACAUGAACGAAGAGGGAAAUACAGUCUGAUUUAGUUCAAGCUAUGCAUUGCUCGGCGUACGUUUGCUUGGAUAGACCCAUGGGAUGGCCGGCGCAAAGGAAAUACUUUAUGCGAUACGACGGAUUAGUAUGCUGGAUGUUUUCCGUCGGAGUUGUACUCGUCGAACCCGAGCUGGCGAACAUGGGCGACCAUGGUAAGGUCCACACCGUGUCAUCUGCAUUCGUAGCUUUCUAUGUCUCUAUCCGCUAAGAACCACACCGAUGAAGCCUGCUGGAACUGCACGGCACCAUCCUUGGCUCUGAAC